AUGGACCUUCGUUACUCUAAAAACUUGACCACAACCCCAGAUUUCUCUGGCAUUCAAAAUCUUGAGGAGUUGGAUUUUGGAAGUUGUAAGAAUUUGGUUGAGAUUCACCCAUCAAUUGCAGAUCUCAAAUGUCUUAAAAGCUUGGAUCUUGGUUUUUGCUCAAAAUUGAGAAAGAUUCCAGAAUUUUCAGGGAAAAUGAAAAAUUUGUCAUCACUUAUUUUACAGGCGACGUCCAUUGAGAAAUUACCUUCAUCAAUAGGAUGUCUGGUUGGCCUUACUAUUCUGUUUCUAAUGGAUUGCAAAAAUCUCUUGGGUCUUCCGAGUGAAAUUUGUAAUAUGAAGUCACUUAGUGUACUCCAUGUGAAUGGAUGCUCAAAAAUUGACAAACUCCCAAAGAAGUUUGAGAAGAUGGAAUGUUUACAGUUGCUUCAAUUGGAUGGAACUUCCAUAAGACAGCUGUCGCGCUCCAUUGUUGGUUUGAAAAAACUGUGUUGGGUUUGCUAUGGGGGGAAAGUGUUUCAUCGCCUAAUCAAGGAUUAA